CAAUUUCUGGAACUUCCAAGAACAUUUUUCCAUUACCUAGAAAAAUCCGCGGAUGAGGGUGCUCUGCACCAAUUGUUCCGGCUAACAGAGAUAUCACUGUAUUGAUAUACAGUACAGGUAGCCCUCAAGAUAUGAAUGGGUUAGGUUAAAAAAAUGUUUAGCUGAAUUUUGCAUCACGAAUAGAGAAACAUGGGAAAAAUAGGGGUCUGUUCCCCCAAUGACAAAAAUACUCCAAUAUCAUACCCCCCAAAACACAAAAUUGGUUCACAAACAAGAACAAAACCUACUUAACUAUUGAUAAAUAGUACACAGCUACUGUAAUUUACUACCUAUCACAUGUAAAAUAAAAUACUCUAUAACUUUGGUACAUUACCUUAAGUGAGGGUGCAACACGUUUAAUAAAACAUCGAAAAAUAAUAUUUUCCCCCCAAAAUCACACACUGAAUCCCAAAUGAGCUAUUGCGUCUCUUGUUUACAGACCGGUAUCAGCCGAUUGUUCCUGCUAUCCCUAAAAUGUUGCCAGCAGUCACCAUCUCUCAAACACCAGAUUUUGAGAUAUCUGCAGUGGGUCGUUCUGUGUCCAGUAUCUGGGGCAAUAGAAUGUUUCAGACAUCUGGUCUUAAACUCUCUGAAAAUGAUGGACUUCAGACACAGAGAGUGGAGAGGCUCGAGAAAAGUUGUACCCCUCUAGUCCGGCAACCUCGGGACCUGACCGGUGCCGGACCAUGGAAAUUUCCG